AUGGUUUCCAACUACAGCUGUGAGCCGGAGCAGGCUGUCAUGGGAGGGAUGUCAUCAACAGUGUCCACGACAGGUUCUUCGUUUCUGGGACUCUAUAAGCUCCCCCAGAUUUCUUAUGGCACAAAGGACCCAGCUCUCAGAGAAAAUGCCUGGUUCUCAUCUCUUUAUCAGAUCUCUGCGUGUUCCUCCGAUCUGCCCUUGAGGAUGAUCCAUCUUAUGAAACAUUUUCACUGUGUCUGGAUCAGUCUACUGGUCGCCAAUGACAUUCAAAGGAAGACGUUCGCUAUGGUCCUAACAGAGGAGAUGACCAAGAAUGACAUCUGUGUGGCUCACGUUAAAAGAGUCGACGAAUUAUUUACUGAAAAUACACUCCAGACUGAGUGUGACCACAGACAAAUUAAUACAUCAUCGGCGAAUGUGGUCGCUGUCUAUGGGGAUGCAUUCUCUUUACUGACAAUUGUAUAUUGUAUGGACAAAAGCCCCGUUCUCGGCAAGAUUGUCCAGCUCCACUUUAGACCUGGUACCCUGGGACCUUGUGACAAAAAUGGUACAUUGGAGAGCAGGCCCUUGGACAUCUGGGACAUGAACCUAUCUCACCACUGUUCCAAUGUAUGCAGUGCUGUGUAUGCCAUAGCUCACACCCUCCACCAAGAGAUCUGGGCUGCAAAGGACAUGGAGACAUCGAGAGAUGGACCACGUCGGGUCCCUCAUCCAUGGCAGCCACACUCAUCCCUGAGGAACGCUGAGGUCCACACCAGUGCCAGAGAGCGCGUUCAUUUGGGUGACAACAGCUGGAAUGACAGCAAAGUCUGGGUCAAAGUGGUAGAGUUCAUGCCCCAUGCCCCAGCUGGCCAAUAUUUCAUCAUCAGUGAGGAGGGGAUAAUGUGGGAUGGGCCAUUUUCUCAGCAGUGUGGUCCUGGCCUUCAGGGCCACCGGGUUGGAGGGCAGAAUGAGGCCAUGGUUGUGAACCAGACACCUUCCUCCUUCGCCUGUGUCUGCUCCCUCGUCCAAGUGGGCAUAUACCCCCCCACUCCACGGCAGCAAGAGCUGCCGGCCAGUAUUCAGGAAAAAACUCGGGAAGGGAAAGCCUCCUGUUGCUACAACUGCUUGCCCUGUGCAAAGGGAGAGUUCAACAAUCAGAUCGUUAGGUGGCUGCUGAGAAUCAUGCUUCCCGAUUUGGAUCAAUGCAUCAGGUGCCCAAAGGAUGAAUUUCCAAAUCCCCAAAGAGAUCAGCGUUCCCUGAAAGUGGUGGUUUUCCUUUCCUACAAGGAGACUUUAGGAAUGGUUCUGGUGUUCUUAGUCCUCUGUUUCUCUCUACUCACCUCCCUGGUUUUAGGGGUCUUUGUCCACCACCGGGACACCCCCAUCGUGAAAGCUAAAAACUGUGGUCUCAGUUACACUCUCCUCAUGGCCCUUCAGCUCGGCUGCCUGUCCUCCUUGACCUUCAUCAGCUACCAUGGCCCGGCCACCUGCCUCUUGCAAUGGAUGGCCUUCGAAAUCACCUUCUCCGUGGCAAUUUCAGUCGUGUUGGCCAAGACGGUUACCGUCAUCCUGGCCUUCAGGGCCACCGGGCUGGUGAGCAGAAUGAGGACAUGGCUGGAGCCCAGGGCGCCUUUCUCCAUCAUCUGGGCCUGCUUCCUCAGUCAAGUGGGCAUCCACAUGGUCUGGCUGUGGACCUCCCCUCGAAUCCUGACUUAG